GGAGCGAGGAGCGCGGGGCGGCGCUGGGCUCGGCGAGGCGGCGGGAGGCGGCGGCGGGCCGGCGCGGAAGGUGAAUGCCGUGAAUGCCGUGAAUGCCGAGCGCCUCGCGACAGUGAAAAAUGCCUAAAAAGAAGACUGGUGCUCGUAAGAAAGCUGAGAACCGUCGAGAACGUGAGAAGCAGAUAAGGGCUUCAAGAGCCAACAUAGAUUUAGCCAAACAUCCUUGUAAUGCCUCAAUGGAAUGUGACAAGUGCCAAAGACGACAGAAGAAUAGAGCUUUUUGCUACUUCUGCAACUCUGUUCAAAAAUUACCCAUUUGUGCACAGUGUGGAAAAACCAAAUGCAUGAUGAAGUCAUCAGAUUGUGUCAUAAAACAUGCUGGUGUGUACAGUACUGGACUGGCAAUGGUGGGGGCAAUCUGUGAUUUCUGUGAAGCUUGGGUGUGCCACGGGAGGAAGUGUCUCAGCACACAUGCAUGUAUCUGCCCUCUUGCAGAUGCAGAAUGUAUUGAGUGUGAAAGAAGCGUCUGGGAUCACGGAGGCAGAAUGUUUGCCUGCUCUUUUUGCCACAAUUUCCUCUGUGAAGACGAUCAGUUUGAACAUCAAGCCAGCUGCCAAGUUUUGGAAGCAGAGACAUUUAAAUGUGUUUCCUGUAACAGGCUUGGGCAGCAUUCAUGCCUGCGUUGUAAGGCUUGUUUUUGUGAUGAUCAUGUGCGAAGUAAAGUUUUUAAGCAGGAAAAGGGAAAAGAACCUCCCUGCCCUAAAUGUGGCCAUGAAACUCAGCAGACGAAGGAUCUGAGCAUGUCAACACGCUCUUUGAAGUUUGGCCGCCAGACUGGAGGUGAAGAUGCAGAUGGAGCUUCUGGUUAUGAUGCCUACUGGAAGAACCUCUCCUCCAGCAAGGCUGGAGAUGCAGGUGAUCGUGAUGAUGAAUAUGAUGAAUAUGAAGCAGAAGAUGAUGAUGAAGAUGAUGAUGGAGGAGGGAAGGAUUCUGAUACAGAGACCACAGAUGUAUUCAGCAAUUUGAGUUUAGGGAGGACUUAUGCUAGUGGGUAUGCACAUUAUGAAGAACCUGAAGAUUAAUUUGAGUAUGCUAGUGAGCUAGAGCCUUUUGAGAGGUUGCACCAAGCAGGUGCAUCACUGCUGAGUUGUAUACAUGCCAGUAGGAUAGUUCUAUCAGGUACUUAACAUAUCAGAGGUUGACAAUAAAGACUGGGACAUCUGUAGUAAGUGUAGGUGAGAUUUGUUGAUAUAAACCAUUAUUGGGUUUUGAACUUGGGGGAGAAAAUGGGGGGAAUAUUUUUAUUCCCCCGACCACCUGAAAUGGUAUUGUCUUUCAGUUACUGAGUGUAAAGGUUUAAUGCCUUGUUUCCAUUUAUGCAUCAGAAAUUAAGUUAUUUUUACAGUAUUUGUUAACUAACCAUAAAAUUUGUGUAUUGUUGGGCUGCAGACUGCAUUUUUGGGGGGGUCAGCGCAAUAAAAGUCAACUGCAUUCUCAAAUGGGUUGUCUCUAAAU